GUUUCAAAACUAACCAAAACAAAAUAAAAAAUUAAUCUUUCCAAGUUUUCGUGGAAACCGAGGGAGGAGGGUUCCUUCUUUUCUCUUUCUUUUUCUUUGAAAACCUAAGAGAAAAAGAAAAAAAAGAAAAUUAAAAAAAAGAAAAAAAUAAAAAAAGGAAAAAAACACGCGUAAAGCGAAUUCCUUCGGUAGUCAAACCCUCCCUUUUCGAUUCUCCGGUUGCCGGCCAUUCCAGAAAUUCUUCAUCCAAAUUACGAAUCGAAGAAGGAAUUCAUAACGGCCGGCGGUGGAUAGAUUUCGGAGGAAUAAUAGAGGUUUGGUUUUUGUAUGUUUUUUUGAUGGAUAAGAUGUACAAUAGGCUGAGGAAUUUGGACGCCUACCCCAAAAUCAAUGAGGAUUUCUACAGCCGUACGCUAUCCGGCGGCGUUAUCACGCUCGUCUCCUCCAUCUUCAUUGCGUUGCUUUUCCUCUCCGAGUUCAGAUUAUACCUCCACACUGUUACAGAUUCAAAGCUUGUGGUAGACACAUCUAGGGGAGGAAAAUUACGUAUCAAUUUUGAUGUAACAUUUCCUUCCGUUCCAUGUACACUGCUGAGUGUUGACGCCAUGGAUAUUAGCGGAGAGCGGCAUAUGGACAUAAGACACGACAUUUUCAAGAAAAGGAUUGAUUCUCAUGGUAAUGUGAUUGAAACGCGACAAGAUGGAAUUGGUGCACUCACGAUCGAGAAGCCUCUGCAGAAACAUGGUGGCAGGCUUGAGCACAAUGAGACAUACUGUGGUUCAUGUUUUGGUGCAGAAACGUCCGAUGAAGAGUGCUGUAAUUCAUGUGAAGAGGUUCGUGAAGCAUAUCGAAAGAGAGGCUGGGGAAUGACAAAUACGGAUUUGAUUGAUCAGUGUAAAAGAGAAGGCUUUGUUCAAAAAGUGAAAGAGGAAGAAGGCGAAGGAUGCAAUAUACAUGGAUCUUUGGAGGUUAACAAAGUGGCUGGAAAUUUUCAUUUUGCUCCUGGUAAAAGCUUUCAUCAAACAAAUAUGCAUCUGCUUGAUUUGCUGGCUUUACAAUCAGAAAGUUAUAAUAUAAGCCACAAGAUCAACAAGUUAUCAUUUGGAGAUUCUAUUCCUGGCAUUGUAAAUCCAUUGGAUGGGGUAGAGUGGGUUCAGAUAAGGCCAAAUGGAGUGUAUCAAUAUUUUCUCAAGGUGGUUCCAACUAUAUACACCAAUAUCAAAGGCCAUACCAUUCAGUCAAAUCAGUUCUCAGUAACUGAGCAUUACAAGAGUUCCGAAGAGGACCAGUACAGAUCCCUUCCCGGAAUUUUCUUCUUUUAUGACCUUUCUCCUAUAAAGGUGACUUUCACAGAGGAGCAUGCAUCAUUCCUACAUUUUCUUACACACAUCUGUGCUAUAGUGGGAGGUGUAUUCACAGUUGCUGGAAUAGUGGAUUCCUUCAUCUACCAUGGUCAGAAGGCAAUAAGGAAGAAAAUGGAAAUUGGGAAACUCGGUUAAAGCCUUUAACUUAUCACGAAACAAAGAAAAAACAAGAAACGGGGUUGGGUUAUCACGACUAAUCAUAUUUUGCACCAUCAUUCACAACGGGUUUUCGAGCUAGUGAAGUGUACAACAGACAGCAAAGGAUUAUCGAGCACAUCAAGCUUGAAAACAAGGCCUUAUUUAUAAAAUCAAAAUGUAUAACUAGUUUAAUUUAUGAUGCUGCAAUUGUAAUAUCGAUCUUGAAAAAUCCCUCUUUUCUUUUUCCCCUGCCGACAGUUUUGCCGUUUUGUUCGCAGAUUAUUGAUUAUGUGAGAAGUUUCAUUGUGACAUUUUUAGAAUAUACAGCUCUGCAUUGUUUGACCA